CUUACUCAGAAAGGCAUUAUAAAUAUUGCGAAUUGUUGUCAGGAAAUAUACUGUUAUCUAUAGUUCAUACCUCUACAUGAAACAUGUGUUCAGAUUGUUUUCUACUGGAAUUAGUUCCGUUUCUACUCAUUUAUAAAUAAAUAUUAACAUCAAUUAACACAGAAAAUAAAGUUCAUUUUAUUAUUAAAGUAUUCUAUUCGUUCGUUAUUUUGUUGUCGAGUUUAAUCUAUAAAAUAAUGUGUUAUUUUUCUCAUUUUUUUUAUGAGAUAUAAUUGCCGGUAUUAUACGUCAUGAAACGUAUUUUGUUUUUACAUUAUUAAUUUGGUUGUGGGUUUCAUUGAAUUCCAAAAAUUGAUGAGACUUAUAGAAGAAUGGACCAGUUAUGUCCGUUAUGUCAGAAAGCUGGUUACGACCGAAAAAUAAAAACUGUGCAAAUUAAUUAUGAAGAAGCUUUAAAAAUGUGUGAAUCUGAAACAUGUCCAUGGCCUUUUGGAUAUGAAGAAUUACAAUAUAUACCUCAAAAAGCUGAUUUUCUAGAUAUACAGCCGGAAACAACAAAUGAACAAAAAUCUAAUGACUUAUCAGAGUUAACAAUGUCUAUUGAUUUAUCAAUGUAUACUCCUCCACUUACUCCAAAAGGUGACUAUUUUACAUCACCAACUACGAUUUCUAGUAACUCUGAUAUUUCAAACUCUUUAUCGACGCUAAAUAGCUAUAUGAAAAAAGAAAAUGACAAAGAUCAGAUUGUAAAAAAAGAUCAGACAUUGCCAACAUUACAAAGUAUCUUCGAUAUUGAUACGAAAAAAAAUAAUACGUCUCUUGAAAUGAAAUAUCAAGAGAAAAUAUUUGAUCAUAAAACAAAUCAUGUAAAAAGUAAGGAACCGAAGAAAAGUCAUCUACGUAUAAGAAGUGUUGAAAAGGUGCAUGUUCAAUUAAAACCAAAAAAUUAUUCUCACAUUAUUUCAGGCAAGCACAAUACGAAACCUACAUUAAAAAUCAUUUACACCAAGGAGCUGAAUGAAAAGAUACCUAUAAAAAAUAUUACUUCUAGCUGUAAAAGUGUAGUCAAAUCUGCAAUAUCUCAAUCUUUAGCAGAGAAUGACUUGAAUCGACAAAACUUAGAUCAACAAUUAAUUAAAGAUUAUGAGUAUAACCAAGUAGAUAUUACUAAGUCAUUAAAUAGGUCUUUCGAAAGUAAUCAAAAUGAAAAACAAUUGAAUAAUUUCGAUAAAACUUCAGAACAAAUAAUUAAUAAUGAUGAGUAUAUGUCUUCAGUACAAAAUACUAAAUUAUCUACAACUAGUGAUCAACGUGAUAUGUCUUCCAUUUCUCCAGUAUCUAUAGAUCAUUUCCUUGAUGAAAUAUUGUUAGAUGGUUUAAAUUCAACUCCGCUAACUGAAAAUAUCGACGACGAUUGGUUAAAAUCAUUAAUUUAAUAUAGUGAGACUCGACGAUUUAUAUAUUUUCUAUGUUUAAUUAAUUUUUCUCAACAAAAUGUACUAUUUUUUUUUAAUCAGUAUUAUUUUUUUAUUGAAUAUAUAUUAUGUUACGUCGAUGUAACAAAAACUGAAUAUACUAAUUAACUUUUUUUUCGGAUAAUUUAUACAUUGCCAUAUAUAUACAUUUAGAUACUCUACAAUAUUUUGAUGAAAAUAAAAUACAAAAAUUGUUCUUUUCGGUAUCGCCGCAAGAUCGUAAGACAAG